UUUUUUAUUUUUUUUUAUUACUUCUUCUUCUUCAUAUUAUAUUGUAAUAUAUAUAUUUAUAUAUUUUUAUAUAUAUAUGUUAUUUUGGCCCAAAUUUUUAACCAUUGCUCAUGGAGUGGCGUCCAGUGUACAUGUCUUUUUACCAUUAUAUUUCUUCCAUUUACUUCAUUUCUCAUAUUAUCGAAUAGCCAUCCUUUUAGCCAUCGCUUUAACAACAAGAACAAUAGCUUGUGGAUUUUGGACAGCUUGGGUAGAUCAACGUGAUAUUCAACUUCAUGGUGUUUUAACUAGUUUACUUACUGGUCUUGGUGCUGCCAGUUUGGUAUUAUUAUUAUCUGUCCCUCCUGAUACUUGGUUAUCUUGGCCUGCUGCUAUUUUAUGUAUGGUACUGGAUGGAUGGUUCUUCCAACCAUUAGGAUGUUUAAUCGAUGGUAUCAUUAUCAAGAUUUUAGGUGACUACAAAUUACUUUAUGAAUCCGAAAGACGAUGGGGAAAAAUAAGUUUAGGAAUAACAGCAUUAGGUAUUGGAUGUUUCUUGGAUGAUGAUUACGAUUUUGAUACAUUGAUGGGAACAGUUUUAGUUGGAUGUGUGGCCUUAUUCUUACUCUCUCUUUCUACUACCGUUCAACCUGCAGACCCCUUAUCGCUUGGCUUACAAACAGAUGAACAAUCUAUGGAAACUUCGCCUUUACUAGCCAAACCACCUUUAUUAUCUCAGUACUAUAUUGACGAAAACCGUUUUGAUCAUCAUCAACGAAAUCAUCAACAAAGUCAAUCUCAUAUGACCUAUAAUACAAAUCAUGAAUCUCAUCCAUACAGUUUGACAAGUUAUUCUACUACAACAAAUGCAUUCAAUAAUACGGAAAACCUGAGAUCUAGCUUUGACACAGUAACUGCUAUGACCUCUUCUUAUUCAUCAUAUCAACCUUACAAACCUUACAGUCUUUUUGGUGACCAUUUAUCUCAUAUCUCGGAAGAAGACGUCAAUAUGCUACAACAGAUUCCUAGUACACCACCACGUGCCUCAAGUAUUAUAUCAACAAACACGAACAGUCUAAAUUACCUAUUGGAUAAUAGUACUUAUCAGUUUACUCCCAUUACCUAUUGUUUACCUUCAUCACCUUCAUUAUCUCCUCCCACACCUUCAUCUUCUGGUCCCUUCACCAGUUUUUGUUAUUCUUCUCCCCCACCACCACCACCUUCUUCUUCUAUACCUACUUCUUCCUCUUCCUAUAUUAUUGAUAGUACAUAUUAUGGUGAUACUCCCGACACAAUGGAUUGUUCUUCUUUUUUGGAUUCAACUUUUAUGUCUAUGUCAUUGGCUUUGCUACCAUUUCCACCUGGUGAUAUUCCUAUGGUAGUAUUGAUCACUAUAUUUCCUCGAUUUCAACCUCUCUCCUUUUAUCGACAUCAAUCUUAUCAACAACAACAAGUAUUAGAACAGCAGGAAAUACAGUCGAAUUCCCUUGCACAAAUUCAGGAGGUUGAUUCUUACCAAGAAGAUGAUAAAAUGGACGACACUAAAGAAGAAUGGUCCUAUCUACUGAUUAUGUCAAGUUGUUUUUUGCUGGGACUGGCAUAUACUCCGUUGAUACUUUGGUCACCGUUGAUUUAUUACGAUUAUUUUGGUUUGCCUAUGCAUUCAGUUGGGAUGAUGAUCUUGGUUGGAUGUCUUUCGGAUGUGAUGGCUACUGGAAGCAUAUCGGUGAUUUUGGAAAAAUUUUCAUUUAGAUGGUGUAUUAUCGUGCUUCAUGCCAUCUUGAUGAUAUGUAUUUUUAUUUAUGCCUGGAUGCCCUCUGGUCAAGUACAAUAUUGGUGGUCACUGAUGUGUCUAUUUGUUUUGCAUAUUAUUUCAAGUAGUAGUAUUCAAAUGUUAUGGUUGAUGGCUUCCUAUCAAGUAGACUUGUUAUACUUAACAAAUUGUCAAGAUCGGAUGAUGUUACGUGGCAAAAUGUCGGCAUUGUAUAGUAGUUUUGGACCGGCAUUUGGAAGUCUGGUACUCGGCUGGUUGGUUACCAUGGGUUGGUCUUUUUACAUGAUUUACCUAUUUACCUUUAUGUUGAUCCCAAUCAGUGCUUUUUUAGCUUUAGGCUGGUAUUAGAUUUCUUUUUUUUUUUUUUUUUCUCUCUCU